AUGGAGAAUUCAAAUAGCAGAAUGUUUGGAUAAAUUAUCGUUUAGUCACUUGAAGAUCAGUAGAAUCCUUAAAUUAAUGCUACAGAUAGUAGCCAUUAAAAAAAUCCAAUUUUAACAUCAUUUGAAAAUUUAAAAGGCUAGAAAAUUAAUUUGAAUAAACCUUCAACAAGUAUAAUCAAAUUUUAAAUAAUGGCAUCAAUGAGUAAUACUAACGAAUCUGAAAUUUAAAGGUCAAAUAUUCUAAUGUAAAUUCCUUAAAUUAAAAGAAGAAAUCUUAGCAAAUUUUCACUUUAAAAAAAUUAGAAUUAUUUAGAAGAGUAUCAACAAGAAAAUAAAGGGAAAAAACCGUAAAACAAAAAACUUAAAAUGAUAAAUAAAAGAAUGUUAUCUAAUAACCAGCUUAACUUUUACUCAGUAAAUAAUUAAAUGACUAAUUAAUAGCCUGAACUCAUUUCCUCUCAAGUUAAAAAGGAUUCAGCAGAGGUAAAUGAAAUUACAAAUUUAUAUGAAGUUAGAGGGAAAAAGUAAUCAAAUGAAAAGGUAUCAAACUAAAUAAACCACUCUAAUCUUAAGAUAAAGUCUAUAAUAGCUUCGUAAAAAAAUUAGCCUUAACCUAAACUCUCAGAAAUUUUGAUUGAAUAGUACUCUUAAAGAGCAAGUAUUAAUUUAUUAAGUGAAGUAGACUAUGAGGAAAAUGCCUAAAAUUUUACUAGAUUAAAAAAGGCGUAAAGCAUAAAUACUGCAUCUAGAACUAAAAUAUUUGGAAAGAUAGAGCACUAACAGGAUUUAAAAAUGCAGCAAGAAGCUGAGUAGCUAUACGAUACAUUAAUGCCCAAAAAGAAAAAGAAGAAGAAGAAGAAGAAGUAAAAAGUUAAGGUUAAGAAGAAUAAGAAAAAUAAAGGCAACCCUGAUCAAAUUGAAAUUAUUUGA